AUGGCAAGCGUGCCGCUGAAGCGCACCACUGAAACAGCGAGAGCGACGGGCAGCACAGCGAGCGAGGGUUAUCAUGUCGCUCAGGUCCACGUCCAUGCGAGCCUGCAGGGUGCCACCGUCGCGGGUCGCCAUGUUUGCAUCAAAAGCCUUCCCAGGCCCAAAGUCAAGGCCAUCCUCGUCUACGGGGAUGAUGCGGCAGUUGCUAAAUAUUGGAAAGUCUUCGCCCAGGCUGAGCUCGGUGACGCGGAUCUCGUCGAGGAAGCUAGGGCGGCUGGUGCCAUUGAGGGCCUUUGUCAGGGAGGUCAGGAUAGCAUCGUCGUGCUGGGCAUCGCUGCGAAACUGAGCAAUAGUCUGCGCCACCAGCACAUUGAACCAGUCCAAGCUCUCGGGCUGGUGGCUUUCAACUCUGUAGUAUGUCUUGUUGAGGAUCGAGCCUAUGGUCAGGGACGGUGGGCCGGAUCGGAGUAUGCUGGAUUUCUUCCUAUUGAGCACGGAUUGCUGUUGCUGCUGGCUGCCAGGCCGCUGGUUUGA